AUGUAUGGUGGUCGAGUUACUGACGACUUCGAUAAACGCUUAUUAACUACGUUCACCAACGUAUGGUUUUGUGAUGUUUUGUUACGCCCCGGUUUCGAGUUUUACAAAGGUUAUAAAGUACCUACAACAAGAAAUAUUCAAGGUUAUGUAGAUUAUAUCAAUCAGCUGCCCCUUACUGACACACCUGAAGUAUUUGGUCUGCAUGGAAAUGCUGACAUCACCUAUCAGAUAAAUAGUGCUAAGGAUAUUCUGGACACUAUCUUGAGCGUACAGCCAAAAGAGGGAGGGAGUCAAGGCGGAGAGACUAGAGAAAGUAUCGUGUACCGUCUGGCUGAAGAUAUGUUAGAAAAGUUACCAAAACAAUAUGUAAGCUUUGAAGUUAGGGAAGCACUUCAAAAGAUGGGCGCGUUUCUCCCUAUGAACAUUUUUUUGAGGCAAGAAAUCGACAGAAUACAAAAAGUUGUAAAGACAGUCAGUUCAACACUAUGUGAUUUGAAGUUAGCUAUUGAUGGUACCAUCGUAAUGAGUCAAGGGUUAAGAGAAUCUUUAGAUGCUAUGUAUGAUGCUCGCAUUCCACAAAAGUGGCUUAAGGUGUCCUGGGAGUCUGCAACACUCGGUUUCUGGUACACGGAAUUGUUGGAACGAGAACAGCAAUACAGAACUUGGCUCCGAAAUGGAAGACCAUCAGCGUUUUGGAUGACGGGAUUCUUUAAUCCUCAGGGUUUCCUUACAGCUAUGAGACAGGUAACAAAUGUGUAA